UUUUAGAGGUGUUUUCUUUUCGAACUUUAUUAGAAACCUUUAUGGUAACUAAAACAUCAUUAACAACACCCUCUUCAUGUUGCAAUUGUUUUGUUUUCCCUACAAACACUUCUACAACUAAAAUAAAAAUGCUACAACUACGAAAACAGCAAAAAUCAUUACAAUUUCCAUGUUUUUCUCGUUUAACUAUUUCCUCCACAUUAUUUUCUUUGUUACAAAUAAUUUUGUUUUGUGGGUGUUUACAAGCAGUUUCCUCUUAUUUUGUUCUGGCAAGGUACUCAACUCUACCUGUUCGACAACACUUAAAUUAUAACCCUCAUUAUUUCAGCAAAAUUAACCAAAAAAUAAAUCCUUUAAAACACCACUGGAAUGCCCAACAAAAAUUUUUUUCUUCCCUAAAUCUUCCAUUUGUAGACAAGGAGAAGGAAGAAAUUGAAGAAGGAAAACAUCUUAUAAAUGAUUUAGAACAACAUUCCUUUGCUAAUAAACAAAAACGAACAUCUAUCAUUUCUGAACAUUUAUCCGAACAUGAGCAUGUUUGUACAACAAUUAUUAGAAGGGACUAUGCUCCAAAACGAGGACAUGAUAAAGACAACAAUCCUGUAGAAAUCCAACAAGAUGGGAGACGUCAAUUUAUUGCUACUUUUAUUGAGUGUUCUAAUUCUAAAGGAGAUCAAUGCCAUGGAAUUGAUGAUUUAAUGUAA